GUUUACAACGUUCACAUUGUCGUCCACCACGGCUCGCUCGACCGCGAUUACGUCGAUGAGAAGAACACAGGUGCGCCGCAGAAGGUCGAGCUCUUACUUCGGCUGGUCGGCGAGCAGGAGAGGAAAGUGGAGCACUACGACCUCGUUUGGCCGCCCGCAGUGGAGAACCCAGCGAAGAAGCAGCGGAUCACCGACGGGCUCGACGAAGAUCUGUGGCGACGCCUCGACAGAGCUGCUGCGUGGGGGGAUGAGGCUGCGGGGUCC